AUGAAGCAUGCCACGCUCAUUAUAGGUGUCUUUUGCGGACUCAUGGCUCCAAAGCCUACCAAGUUCGACACCUGGUCUGUUGACCAAGAAAUUCCGCCACCAGCGGUCGUGUCGUCGGCCACGCUACCCAGGACGUCCUCGAUGUUUUCGAUCAUCAAUGUCUCAGCAUUCGGCCCUGGCUGUAUGCAACCGCCUGACACAGAGUACCCUCAAAGCGAGGACUGUUUAUCAGUUAAUAUUUGGACCAAGCCACAAGUCGGCGAGCGGAAGAAAGCCGUCGUUGGCUUCCCCGCUCUUAGCAGGAACUACAUGUCGACGAGGUGGUCUAGACUCGGGGCGGCCGUCGGCUGCGGCACUGACACAAGCAAUGCCACAGACCCUAAGCUCGUCACGGACUGCAUGAGGAACCGGACCAGCGAGAAAAUCUUUGGCGCAUUCGGGCCCGAGGAGACGGCUGCCGAGGCUGGGUACCUGAUUGACGACAAUACCAACGAGGCGGGACUCUUCCGUUCGAUGCAGCCGAAUAAAUCAGACGCGUACUGGAACGACUUCAACUCCAGGUACUAUACCUGCGGUACGGCCAUCAGGAUCAGCCAGACUGCGGACGAUGGGAUGCUGGCCUGGAGGUGCCGGCAUUUCGGAGACUUUCCCAACCUGGCCAUCUCUGCCAACCCACCCAGCGGAGCCUAUCACGGUGCCGAACUUCCACCUCUUUUCGGCACGCUGCCUCAGAAGCCGCCCAGCACUGCAGUCGAGCUGGCGACUGCUGAGUUUCUUCGGGGGGCGUGGACGACCUUUGCCAAAGAUACUUCAUCUGGCUUACUUGGCUACGCUGGUGGAUGGCCGAUCCAUGAUCCCGCUCAGCUUACCCUUGCUCAAAUUGCGCGUGACAACCAGACGGGAACAAAUUUGGGUCUCGGGAGCUCAUUUGAUGGGAUUUGCUUGUCUUUGCCGGCGAUUCCUCUUUCCUAG